AUGGCAUCUAGUAGAAAUAUUCAUUAUACUCGUCUCACUGCUGAUGAAGAUGAUAAUGAUGAUGAUAGUGGUGAAAAGCAACAUGGCCCUAGAUUUGAUUAUACACCUAAAUCUUUUAAUAAAAUUCCAUGGAAAUCCAUUAUCCUUGCAAUUUUUCUACUUGUUUUGAAUGUCUACUUUUCUUGCGUUCUUCAUCUUCUUACGUUCUUCAUCUUCAUUGGUCAUAUAGGAGGAGAGUUAUCCCAAGCAUAUGGGCUCUUACUACUUGGGAUUAUUACCCUACUGCCAUGCUUCUAUGAGACUCGAAUUGCAUAUUAUUCUUGGGGAUGCACCCAAGGUUAUCGCUUCACUUCAAUUCUUGACUAUCAAGGAUUCGUCUAUUUCAACCAAGCUAGGCUUCUAUGA